AUGGCUCGAGUGACAUAUCCGUCCUUGUGUGGGACAGCUGGGGAUUUUGAAGUCGUGGUUUUCAACUACCAACACUUCUUAAACCCCUUGCUUGGGUCGAGGCGCGGAUCGAACUUGUGACCCUGUAGACCGUAGACAGGCACACAAACUGUAACUCAAAAAGUUCCAGAUAAAACUCCAGUUCCGUCGCCUAAGCAGCCUCCUACAUUUUUACUUGCUUUUUCAUGAUCAUCAUUCUAGUUCGAAUAUUUUCUUUUAAUAAAAGCAGUUUCGCCAUUAUCGAUUGUUAUUUUUCAUAAAUGUCGAAACUUUUGAAAUUUCUGUCAAGCGAUUUUCCUGCCAACGAGGCGUUCCUGAAAUCUAAAUUAAUUCGAAAAUAAUCGAAUAGACUUCGUCUGGUCUUUCUGGAUUUUCUCGUGAAGCCUAUUCUGAUCUUGAAGGCGACUGUUAGGGAAAAGUCUAUCUUAAAAUGCGACCGACCGAGAAAGACUUGCGCGCUGGGUUAUGCCAAAGCACUGGAGCAAGCUGGUCAAAAGCAGGAGAUGAUUGGUUUCGGAAAAAAAAAUGAGUCGCGGAUUUUCAAUAAAUGAAUAUGAUAAGUGAUCGGAAGACCGACAAAAAUGAAAUAAUAAAACAAUCAAGACGUGAAAAUCGGAAAGGCCCAGAUUAUCUGAGAAACGCUUAUACUGGCAGUCACAGAGAAGCGCGACAAAGUAUUCAAUGCAAAAUCAACGGUGAAUCGUUGUUCUGCUUCAUAUUUUCCUCAAGUACGUGUCGAAAUUGCUGAAACUUCAAACUCGGCAGCCCUGGACAAGCUGGGCGCCGUACUGUUCCUGCAUGGAGCUCGAAAGUCGUCUACUACUAUCACAGAGAGAGGCGUGAUGAUCUACGCGCCGUAUACGCUUGAUCAACGACAGUUUCGCGAUCCGACAAACAACUCUUCAAUUAUUCCAUGAUUCAGCAGAAAACCUUCUCUGAAGACUGAAUGAAAAAUUCAAAGUUUCAAAAAUCACCAUUCCCUAGAUAGAGAAUAGUGAGCUCAAAUAACAGUCCAACAAUUUCAUAGAUAUAUCUUUGGCGUUACUAUAGCUUAUUCAGUGCUGGUUUGAGCCAUCGAAAAAAGGGUCCUGACACGAUAAAAAGAGAGACAGUGCCUGUUAUUGGAGAGCGCAGACAAGCCACGUCUUUUUGCGUCUGAGCUAGCCGUGAAUAAGCUAUAUCGAACUUUCAAGUUUGAUUUAUCGAUCAAAAGUCAAUUUUCACUUCCAGAGACUUCAUAGCCACCACCGCUUCUACAGAAUACGAACUUUUUUUUCAGAACCGUUCUCCAACUUGAAAUUAAGCCAGAAUUGCCUUGUUGACAUUCUCCAUAUUUUGCAAAAGCUUGAUUAUGAAAACGUUAGAAAAUAGGAAAAAAUGAAGUGGAGAAACGUGAACUUAUAGUCAUUUCACAACGCAGCAGCGACGACGUCCAAUUCUUCGGGAUUGCGAUGUGGGGAAAGCGUCUGCCUUUCCUGCUUUUUCUUUGCACCACCGCCGUUUUCGCAGAGUUGAAGAAGCGUACGUCAUGCUCAACAAGAACUGACUUUGAAUUCAAACAGAUCAAUGUCAUGCUUUGAACUAAAUUUCGAGGUUAAGUAUAGCUGAUUCACGGCUGGCUGGAGCCAUCAAAAAAAGGGUCCUUACGCGAUAAGAAAAUUGACAGUGCCUGGUUCGUGGAGAGUGCAGACAGGUCACGCCCCUUAGCGUCCAAGCUAGCGGUGAAUCAGCUAUAAUAGGACAAUAGGACAGUAGCAUGAGAACCCGACGUGGAAGCUCGAAAAUUGGGACUCAGAAGCAGAAUUAUGACACAAGAGAUAGAAAGAAAAUAGCCUAGAUUAUCAUGAACGGAAUCUGAAAAACGAGUCCAGACAUAGAAACUGAUGCCGUCAUAGCUCUGUUCUGGAGUUUUUUGGCGAUUCCGUGAUAAUUUUGAAGCCUCAUUUCUUUCUUUAUCUUCCGGAAUCAAAAAAAUUUACAGUCGAAGACAGCCAUUGCCAAACGGGAAUGACCGCUGCUGAGAAGCAACUUUCUGGACGGACAGAACCAACAAUUUACACGGAGAAUGGUGUACUUUGCAGUGCGUAUCAUCUCAUUGUGUUCUAAUCUUACAUUUCAUCACAGGUAUACCGCUUCCCUUCACCUUCAAGGCUUUCUACAGAUCCAGCCGUGGGUUCGACUUCAGAUUCCAUCGGGCCAUCAACUUUGACAAGAACAAUGUAUGACUUCGGAAUGAGAUACUUUCUUAUUUGUAAAAAUACUCAUCUGGACAUCUUUGGCACCUCCCUUGUCAGAAAGCUCCUAUAUGGAAUGAAUUUUGAAUGUUUAAAAAAAUUAUAUAUAAUGAAGCAUCUACUUCGAAACUUCGUUUAGAACGUGGUUUCGAGUGGACUGAAAAAGUGCAGCGAAAAUGGAGACUGUGGAGAUGGGAACUACUGUGAUGAUGUCUACAACGUCAUUUACCCGACGAAAAAGGAGCCGAAUAUGCGACUUUGCUUCAAAGGUAAUUUUUCCUUUUUCUGGUUAACUCAAUUAAUGAGGUUUCUAUGAGGAUUUUGCUUAACUUUUCGCCAAUCUUUCAGCACCGGAUAUGGGCGGAAAGCCAGUGAUCGAUCCGAAAGCUCUUGGUUUCAGACCAUGUUCUGACGUUUGUGUCCCUGGCUCCGUUCUUUGUUUCCAUCCACAAGGCCAUCUUUUCAACAUUCAGGAUAAUGAUAAGACGCUCGGAAUGUGCGUUGAAGGUGAGCCAGCUUAUCCAUUUCGCUGUCUAACUGGAAGUUCUCAGUCAGUCCGAAAUCGUGCAAACUCUCGUCCGAAUGUCCUGCUGGCGAAAAUUGCAUGCAGGCGAAACCGAGUGGCUUCGAACCUAUUAUUCCAAUCCAUGUAUGCGCCGAUCCGAAGGCACCUCCGCCCAACCCUGACGAAGAUCCGACCACGAAAAAGCCGACAACCAGCAGAACUACAACUGAAGAGCCCGAAGAAUCUACCGACGAAGAUUACGAAACUGAAUCUACCACUGACCCUUACGAAUACGAAACUGAAACCAUUGCUAACUCCGAAGAAGCUGAAUCUACCACGGAUCCUUACGAAUAUGAAACUGAAACCAUCAUUGUUCCUAGCGAAAAUGAAACCAGUUCUGCCAAGCCAAACUCUGGAAGUUCUUCUGGAGUCGAAAACUCUUCAACGUCUGGAGCUAUCCUCAUAAUCUCCGCGGAAAAUUCUACCAGUUUUUUUUUGGUAGAGCCGAAUGGAACCACAUUUGAAGCUACGUCUCAAGAAAAAUCCACCACUGCUUCUCCGGCAAAGCCGUCUGUAACUACGCCUAAAGUUACCCCUCGAGAAAAAAAGACCACUCCCCCUUCGACAAAGCCGCCUGUAACUACGCCUAAAGCUAUCCCUCAAGAAAAAUCCACCACUGCUCCUUCGACAAAGCCGCCUAUAACGACGCCUAAAGCUACCACUCAAGAAAAAUCCAAUAAUAGUUCGUCGGUCAAGCCAUCUGCAGCUCCUAGACUUUCAACUGAAACUACGUCUAGAACUAAGCCCCCGGUAUCUUUGGAAGGCUCUAGCACUCCUCAAUUGAUCAAGCUCUUGCCGACCAAGCCGAACGCUGUUUUCGCAGAGUUUUCUCAAAAAUCCAAUACCACCGUCCCCGUCAAACCUGCCGCAACCAAGCCGUCUGCCAUUUUCAGAAGCUUUUCGCUAAAACCCAAUACCACUAAUCCAACCAAUUCGUCUGCAACUUCUCAGCGAGGAAUCAUCUGGAUUCCAAAAGGUGUUAACAAAACGCAAACUGCGUUCGGCUCUCUUGCGUCAAAAAACAACAGUUUUACGGACCCCAGGAUCAGUUUGAACAUUCUUACUACUAUCAGCAGCAGCGUGUUUGACGGUUACGCUGCCACAAGCUCUAAUAAGGUGAGAAAAAAUUUUCUUUUUUUUUGUAGAUCCCCUUUCAAAUGACUUAUGAUGAAAGUUCAGAAGAACUUGAACGAGGAGAAUAAGAAAAAAGAUGAAAAUUCGCUGAUCAUUUUUAUCGCCAUCGCUGGUCUGGUGGGACUAUUGGCCGUGGUUGGCGCAACCGUCGGCUUCGUAGUCUGGCAUAGAAAGAAGGACGAGGAAGAUAAAGAAGUGCCGAGGUAUUAUUUUGCUUCGUGGCUAUGAAAUUGGCCUUUUCUCAUCCAUUUUGUUUCUUUUUUGUGGGCCGACUCCAUUCGAAUCUGUCUCAUUCCGAACCAAAACAUGACUCUUGCUGAACCGAAAAACGACCCUUUCCAAACCUUCGAAUGGGGAUACGCCGCUUUUGUGGCUCCAUGUUGAUUCUAAAAAGUAGCGGCUACAAAGUGGCUGGAAAAAGAGCAAGGACUUUUCUAAUCUUUUCGAAAUGCCAUGCUCAUAAAUAACUGGAAAAUUUUCUAGAGCUACACCAAAGAUAAAAGGUGAGAGCACGAUGGAAAAUGCGAAGAGCACUUUGGAAGCUAAAACCAAAGCGGCGCCCGAAAAGACCAAAUCGGUGAGCAAAUCGACCAAGAGCAAGACGUUGAGCAAAUCCGCCGAGCAAAUCAAGAGCAAGUCAGCCGAGAUAACCAAGCCCAAGGUUUUCCGAUUUUCACUUGGAACAUUUUUUGAAUUGAAUUUUACAGUGA